AUGGAAGGUGUCAAAUAUUUUUCUACAAGUGACUCAUUGAAGAAUUUGACAUGUUCGAAUCUGGGUGGCAAUGAAAUUGGUAAUGAAGGUGCUGAAUACAUUGCUACAAGUGAAUGCUUGAAGAAUUUGGCUUCUUUGCAUUUGGAUUACAAUCAAGUUGGCAAUGAAGGUGUUAAAUAUAUUUCUACAGGUGAAUCUUUGAAGAAUUUGACAUCUUUGACUCUGCGUAACAAUAGAAUUGACAAUGAAGGUGUUAAACAUAUUGCCACAAGUGAAUGUAUGAAGAAUUUGACCUCUUUGGAUCUGAGAUUCAACGAAAUUGAUAAUGAAGGUUUCAAAUGUAUGUCUAUGAGCGAUAGUUUGAAGAAUUUGACUUAUUUGGAAGUAAAUGCCUGUAGAUUAACGAGAAAGUUGUAG